AUGCGGGCACCUGUUCCUUUACUCGGUUCAUCAUGUGAUCAGCAGGAUCUUGUGGAUCCGUCUGCAGGUGCGGUCGACCGCGAGACCCGGUCGCUAUUCUCUACCGAUGAUAAAGAUGAACGGACAGAUGGGGAGACGUACGAGCCGUGCUUCUUUGAGGAUGCCGGGUUGUGCGAGGACCUGCUACGCCGCCUUGCCGUCCUCUUGCCGGCGGAGAACGACGUGUUGCUACCCACCAUCGGUCAGGAACCUGAUGGCGCCGCCGCUCUCGUGGAGAGGUUCGCCAAGGCCCUCGAUCGUUACCAGGAGAGCCCCUAUUUGUUGCAUCCUUACCUGGAGGGGAUGGUGGGCCCUCUGGUGGAGCUGGUCGUGCGUUAUCUACCACUAGCGACAGCGGUGUGGGAGCGGUUGGCUUUGCUCAGCCAAGGGGGGGAGCGGCGGGUCGAUCUCUUCAGACCCGAUGAAACUAACGGUGUAGGUGAUAAAGAGGCGAAUGUUGUUCAGGAGGGGCUCCCAGAUGGAGGGCAGGGAGAAGGGGGGGAGGGUGGCGUCCAAGACGAUGCACUUUUAUUGGAGCCUAACGCUUUGGGGCAGAACUUUGAUAUGUUCGACGCGGAUGCACCCAAAAACCCCCUCCACUUGGUCUGCCGAGCCCUCUACGCCCUAGUCAAGACUGCGGGAGAGAAGAGCUGCACGAGCCACUUCCCCAGUGAGGUGUGCUACUACGAGGAUGUUUUCUAUGCGUUGCAGUUGUGGAGGAAGGACCAGCGCCGACUGCGCGAGUGGGAGGUGCGCUACUGCUUAUUGUUGUGGCUCUCCAACCUCAUUCUAGUCCCUUUUGAUCUUAAUUGCAUUGAUUCCAUGCAACUGCCCUCCUCCGACGGGGAUCGCCCUUGCGGGUACCAGGAAAUCCCCGCUGGCGGCUCGUUAUCGGAUGCAGUUCUCGCCACCGCCGUUUCCUUUCUGAACGACGCGUCUAAGUGUCGUGAGGGGGCGGCGCUAGUCGUGGCGCGGCUGCUGACGCGUCCAGACAGCUGCCGGCAUCGGCGCAUUUUCUUUUUGUAUGCUCAGAAGAUUCUUCGGGGUAGUUCCCCUCGGCAAUUGCCCACCUCGAGCCCCUCCGAGGAGGGGACUGAGAGCUGUGUGGAGGCCUUUGUCAAUACCAUGCUCAUAGACGCACUGCCCAACUACAAGAGCGAGAGUCCCGAUAAAGCGAGCAUGGAGGUCGGCUCCGUCCACGUUACCGGUGUGCUGCUUGCGGUGGCCAAGACUUUCAAACUCGGUCAGCGCUCGGAGAUGCUCCCCUACGCGGCGGAGCUGGUGUCGUGCGUCGUGAAUUACCUUCUCCAGCACCGGGUGGGUUGCCUGUUAUACAAGACGGCCGUUAAGGUCUGCCAGCGGCUCUGCCUUUGCAUGUUGCGGAACCGUUUGGCUUCGUGGAAGUAUCACCGGCGGGACGUCCUUUCCCUCGCGGCGAACCUCGGUGAGGGGUAUCUUGCCGGUGCCGCUCUGGGAGGUGACGCCGCACCCCAUGACAGGGAAAACACGUUUAGCGAGGAUAACGUGUUUGAAGGGGAUACAGCGGCGCUGGAUGAAGGGCUCAACCUCCUGCUUCAGGCGCUCGGGCAUAAGGACACGGUGGUGCGGUGGAGUGCCGCAAAAGGGAUCGCGCGGGUGUGCGAGCGCCUGCCGGUGGAGUUCUCUAAUGAUAUAGUGAUAGCGGUGUACAGUGUUUUUUCCCAUGAGCAAAGUGAUGCCCAUUGGCAUGGGGGGCUCUUGGCCCUCGCAGAGCUCUGCCGGCGGGGCCUCAUCGAUUCAGGCGGCCUUUCCCGCGUUGUGGAUCUUGUCAGCGGGGGGCUUUGCUUCGAUUUGAGUAAAGGCACCUACAGUGUGGGGGCGCACGUGCGGGAUGCUGCUUGCUACACGUGCUGGUCGAUCGCACGGGCCUACGACGUGCGUGAUAUUGAGCCUCAUGUGCACAAACUCAGCACCCAUCUCGUGGUAACUUCGCUCUUUGAUCGCGAGGUCAAUGUGCGGCGCGCGGCGGCGGCGGCGUUCCAGGAAUGCGUUGGCCGGUUGGGAAACUUUCCAGACGGCGUUACGCUGGUAACCGCAAUGGACUUUUUCUCUCUCGCCUCCAUGAGGAAUGCGUACUGCAUGGUGGCGCCCAAAGUCGCAGUGUACGAUGCGUAUCGUGGUACAAUGUUGGAGGAGUUGAUUAGAGUCAAGGUGAAUCACUGGGAUCGCGCGGUGCGGCAGUGCGCCGCCGCUGCCCUUGGCAGGAUAGCGCCAUUGGAGGAUGGGGGCACUAUUGAUGAAAUUUUUGCUGAACUACAGGGUCGCGUGCUGGAUCCUAUGCUGGCUACUCGGCAUGGUGUCGUGCUCGCCCUCACGGAGCUGGUUCUGGGAAUGCCUAAGGACACUUGGUCAAGCGCGCAACGAGAGCAGCUGGUGGAGGUGCUGGUGCGCCUGGAGGCGGCCCAUUUCUUCCGUUCACGUGGUGGUGAGUACCUGCGGCAGGCGGUCUGCCAGAUGCUUAGUGCUUGCGCGGAGCAAGCACUAGUCCUACCGGAGUUUGUUAGCGUGAUCAAACUCAGAGGGGAACGCGCCAAGGCGCGGACGCUGGCGAAGGUGCAGGAGUUUCUAGAGGAGACCUGGCGCAACAUCCUUGGUUGGGUGCAGGAAUCCGGGGCCGACGCCUUCCGCGUAUUCGCACGCGCCUACUACACCGAGUUCCAGCCCAAGUUUCAUGGAAAGGUGCUGGAAAAAAUGUUGGAGGCGUGCUCAGUGGGGAAGGGGUCUCCAUUGGAGCGCCGGGGCUUCUUGGCUGCUAUUGGCGGGCUUCCCCCUUGCAUGCUGACCGCAGUACGUCCCAAUUCCGAUUCGCCAUCUCAAGAGGCGCCGUAUUAUGUAUCGGUGCUGAAGGUGCUUUGUGAGGCCGCGCGUUGUGGUGAGGCGGAGCUCAGCGAUCUGGAACUGAACGAUGUUGAGGCCCGACGUAAUGCUGUUCAGUCACUAGGGAGGGUGAUGUCUACCCUUCAUCAGGACGUCGACGUAGGGGUGGAGUGCUACCGAAAGGUAGUUGAAGUACUUUUGGAGGCAUUGCACGAUUACACGGUUGACAAGCGCGGUGAUGUAGGCUCCUUUGUACGUCUAGAGGCGCUGAAUGCCCUUCCAGCGGUUGUGUUCCAUGGGCUGUUUAGAACGUCUUCACAAGGUUCACAGUCUGUCGGGCAGCCAUGGUGUGACGCACCCCUUGUGGUGCGUGUUUUGCAGAAUAUCAUCCGAGUGAUGAUGGAAAAGCUAGAUCGUAUCCGUUUAGUGGCGCUGGCGGCACUGAUCAACUUACUCGGCUCUUCUGGCGACGCCACGGAGGGGGAUUUGGUAUCUGCGAUCGAUUCCCAAAAGGACAUGAGCGCUGACGAAUCGGUGGUAUCGGAGACGCGUGUCUUGCAAAGCCUUGUCAUGCGCGCGCAGCGUGAUAACUGGGCCUCUCCUCAAGAUAUUCUUCUCCCAUUUGGGGUCGAAUUGCUACACCGCUGUCCCAGGGUCUAUGCGCAGUCAGUUAUGGAGGGACUCGUACUAUCUGCAGGAGAUCUUUCUGCUCACGUCAACGGGCCUGGCUUCGAGGCCUUGCUUCUGUCUUUUGGCGACGGUUCUGAAGAGGGUCAUCGACUUCGUCUUUCAGAGUGCUUAGUCGAAGUAGCCUCCAAGUAUAUUCACGUUGAGCGCGUGUUAGUUCCUUUGAGCCGUGUUCUAGACAGUUUACUCAACGCUGGAGUUUUUUCUGACACACAGCACCUGGCGGUGGUUACUAUACUGCGGCAGGAAUUUAAACAUUUCGCGACGUCCAUCACAGUGCUUCUUAGUUUAGUGGGAUUGCUGGCGAACCUGUGCCGCAGCACGGAUCCCGUUGCUCGCCGCGACGCGUGGUCGCUGGCACUCGUUGUGAUUGCGAGUCGUUACCCUAAAGUGCGCAGCAGGAUGGCGACGGAUUUGUAUACGGCUCUUUUGAUGUGGACCUCCACCAUGGAGUCCUCGCCAGAGGCUGGUUCGAACUCGGACUCUUUCAAAGAGCGCGAGGGCUGUGCGCGCGCCAUGCAGCAUCUCCUUUCUACUCAGUGGGAUGGCGCGGAUGCCAGCAAAGUGCGCGCGGCUCGAAACGCGCUCUAUGAAAUGCUUGGCAUCUCUCCGCCAGCCCCUGUGAGCCUUACAAAGGGUGAGACUAAAGCUAAGCCAGUGCGUCGUGAGAUUGUGGCUGGAGCCUACUCUGAUUUGGUUCACGAGGCCGGGUAUUAA